GCUCCCGGGACGAGCUGUCACUCAGGCUGGGAUGCGGCUGCAACGAGCCGGCUGCAGGCAGCGGUGGACUGGGGGGCUCCGACCGGGCAGCAUGCGGCCGCCGGCGCCCGGGCUCGCUCUCGUCGUCCUGUGCCUGGCGUGGCCGGUGCACACCGCCGGUACGGUGGGCUGGAAUGGUACCGAGGGCUCGGGAAGCGCCUACAGCACGCCGGGCACCACUGGCCAGUUGUUGCCCACCUCGUCCAGCGCCACUGGUCAGUUGCUGCCCACCUCUACCAGCGCCACUGGUCAGUUGCUGCCCACCUCUACCAGCGCCAGUGGUCAGUUGCUGCCCUCCUCUACCAGCGCCACUGGUCAGUUGCUGCCCACCUCUACCAGCGCCACUGGUCAGUUGCUGCCCACCUCUACCAGCGCCAGUGGUCAGUUGCUGCCCUCCUCUACCAGCGCCACUGGUCAGUUGCUGCCCUCCUCUACCAGCGCCAGUGGCCAGCUGCUGCCCACCGCCGCCGCCAACUCUAGCAGCACCGGAGGUCAGCCGCUGCCCACCGCCGGCUGGCUGGACGAACUGAUGCAAGAAUUCAAAUGUAACUGCAGUAUUGUUGGAAGCAUGAAUGGAACGUGUAAUGUGUCGUCCGGGCAGUGUGACUGUCUCCCUGGGUACGUUGGCAUGCAGUGCAGUGACUGUGCCGAAGGCUUUUACCGCAACAUCAGUGGACAGUGUACUCAGUGUGAAUGCCAUACCACAGGAGCAGAGAGUUCCCAGUGUGACAGCAUGGGAAAAUGCCAUUGCAAACCCGGGGUGGACGGUCCGACGUGUAGCCAGUGCCAGUUACUGCAUUACCAGCUGAGUGACACUGGAUGUAAACCUUGCCAGUGUAACAACCUCUCACUGACGUGCGACUCCAGAACAGGCGCCUGCUUGAACUGCACUGGGAAUACUGAAGGAGCAAACUGCGAGAACUGCAAGGAGAGUUACUACAGAAAGCCUCAGGCGAACUCUACGUCCGUGUGCGAGCGCUGCCCUUGCUCAGUAGUGACAUCUAGUGGAAGCUGCCAUCUUGAGUCGGGGGAGCCGCUGUGUGACCGCUGCCGGCCAGGUUACUUUGGUGCCCACUGUGACGAAUGUGCGGAUGGCUACUACAACUCGGACAGUAUCUGCGUGCGCUGUGAGUGUAACGGGAAUAUUGAUGCAAAGAGCAGACUUCCCAUCUGCGAUUCGGAAUCUGGUCGCUGCCUCAGCUGUACGGCCAACACCACUGGCUUCCACUGUGAGAAAUGUGCAGAGGGUUACCAUGGAGAUGCUGUGGCUGGAACCUGUCAGAGAGAAAUAACCACAGUGCCACCAAUGACCUCCACAGAGCUGAGCACCAGCCACUCGCCCACGGCCACACCAGUCACAAACAGCACCAUGGCUCCAAGUGACCAGACCUUGCUGUCAACACUGCUGACCACUACACAGGGUGGGGUGAGCACAGCCGCCCCAGUUGCCCCAGAAAUCUCAUGGACCCGUUUCAACCUUGUGGUGCUGGUAGUCAUUAUCACGGUGGUGGUCCUGCUCAUGGGCUUCGUGGCGGCUGUCUACGUUUACCGAGAGUACCGAAACCGGAAGCUGAACGCUCCUUUCUGGACAAUAGAGCUGAAGGAAGACAACAUUAGCUUCAGCAGUUACCAUGACAGCAUCCCCAAUGCGGAUGUUUCCGGACUGUUGGAGGAUGAUGCCAAUGAAGUGGUUCCAAACGGACAGCUGACUCUCUCGACGCCAAUGAACUCAUACAAGAUCUAAGAACAUUUAAAAACCACUGCAAACAGAAGAUUGGAGACUGGACUGCACAGCACGGGCACUGCGCCAAGGCGCGCUGCUAAAGCAAGCAUGAUGCAGAUGUCACUCAGAGGUUGAGUGAGGCUUCGUUGAACUGAUUGCUGUUCCUGAGAAGUCCACAGCCGAUGAAUUGAGUUUUACUUACUCUUUUCAACAAUGUAAAACACCCCAAAUGAGUUUCUAUUUUUGUACAAAAAUGAUGUCCAGGUACAAAUCUUCUCCCAGUGUGGAGAAGGUAGAUGAUUAGUUAAAGGACUUUCCCAACCUAAAGCAACGUGUAAGUACCAAGCAUUGCAAUGCAACUGGCAAGACUUGAGUUCCAUUGAACGUGGGGUAAAUAAUUUUCUUAAACGAAGGACUAGAAUGUUCAUUAGGGUAAAGGUUUUACAAGGUGAGAAGACGAGAAGACCUUGGAUCCAUGUUUGUAAACUACGGACAGAUUCUCAUGGUUGUGGAGAGAAAUGGCAAUAAUUGUGUUCAGGCCGACAUGCUUCCAGUAUUGAAUGCAUUGGGACCACGAGGAAGGAGAAUCCUGUGGUGACGAUCAAUGUUACGUGUCGGGAGAGGAGGAAUCUCCCAGUGAAUGCCAAGUGAGCGGGUGUUUCUAACAGGUUAACACCAUGGGUAUCGAACAGGCCACUUACUCUAUAGUCAACACAGGAACCCCGAUUAUAAACUAAAGCCUUAACAGGCCUAUACUUGAGAGUUGUAAGCACAAAAAUGGCUGCAAGAAGCGUGAGUGCAAUUGUAGAUCCCCGCACAAGCUAACUCCCCACCCCCCCCAAAUAAUUUUGUUAAUCUAACAGAAUAAGACCUUUGAUUACUUAAACCCAUCACCCCUGCUGGGGCACAGGCCACUGGCAGCCGCUCACCAGAGUCCUCUGUCCUGCGUCAAUCUUUCACGUUGUCCCCAGGUGUAGCCCAUCUUCUUUGUGUUUCCUUCCUCUCCCGGAGAUGAGGUCUUUGGAGCUUCUGUCGGUGUUCCUAUAGCUCUGGGUUUUUAUGGGAUGGCGUUUCUAGCCCCAUGUCCAACCCUCCUCCUUUUGCGACCGGGCGUGGGACUGUCCAUGGCAGAAUUAACAGCGCUAUAGUAAGUAAGGGUUGUGUUCAGUCCGUUCCAUGUAACUGGAUUCUAAGGUAGCCUUCAUUCAAAGAUGAGACCCUGCUUGAGGAUAAGGUGUUCACAUGUCAGCCCAUUCUAGAUCAACCUAGCAAUAAAAGAAAUGGAGGGAACAUUUAUCUGACCGAGAGUCAAGAGGCAGAGUGCUUCAGCCGAGCUGCUCUGCCUUGCAGUUACGCACCAGGAACUGAGACACCAUUACGAACCAUUGCUCUGCCCUUCGCUUCCCAUUCUUGUGUCACAGCGAGGGAAGUAUCCACGAUUCAAUAGUUCUUAAGAUCAUUCUCAGUACACAAGUAUAAAGGAAAAUAAAAUAAUUGUUACUCUGGAUCUGAUGCUGCACAAAAAACUCAGACAAUAAGAUAAAACAAUAAAAACAUAAUAUAUAAAUACAUAAGAUAGCUUAUAUACAUAGAUUGAUUGUAUGUCCAUAAAGUGGUGCUAGGCACAGGAGUGUCUGUACGUAAGGUGACUGACAGGAAAUAACAAAGUUGUGAUUUGCAGGGUGCUAUCUAGCUCCCGUUGAUCCCUUCAAGCAGGCAUCUCAGACCAUAACUUAUCAAGUAAGUUCUUUCUUCAUUUCAGAGCCACAGAGACAGGCAAUGCAGUGAGCUGGAGUGGAGAACAACUGUUCCUUCAGCAGGGAGCUUCUUUCUCACUUUCCCCUUCUGUUGGACCCCUUCAUUCGAUGUACCAAACUCCCAGCUGGAAAUGGUCAAAACUCUACCCGUUUUUGAACAAUUUCUUCUGAAUGGAAGUGCUCCAACUUCUCCGUUCUCGCCACAGAAACAAGACAUCUUUAGACUCUUUAAAGCAAUUUUCUGUUCACAAGAGCACUGUGGUUUCAGGUUCUGUGUGUGUGAAUCCCAUAACUUCUCCCAGUUCCACUGAAGUGGACCAGUCUGCAGUUUCCUUAUUGUCCCCACUGCCUUCUCUUUCCCUGAUUCCCCCCAACACCACCUCAAGGAGCUCACGCUGUCCACCUCAGCUCACCCAUUGUGAGGAAGGGCUGGGAAAGGCUAUCACAUCUCUAUCAGGACAGCCUGAUGACCUUUAAAACCAACGAAGUGCUUUUCAAAGUGUAGGCACCAUUGGGAUGUUGGUUGGCGCUGGAGAAGAAAAUUUUGUUUCGAGGUCCCUCUUACACAAAGUAGAUCCUUAGUUGGCGAUCUGAGUCAUAGAACACUACAGCACAGAAACAGGUCCUUCAGCCCAUCUAGUCCAUGCCGAACUGUUAAUCUGCCUAGUCCCAUUGACCUGCAACAGGACCAUAGUCCUUCAUACCACCACCCCCCAACCAUGUACUUAUCCCAACUUCUCUUAAAUGUUGCCAUUCAAUCUGCAUCUGCCCCUUCCACUGGCAACUCAUUCCACAGUUUCACCACCCUCUGAAAGAAAUUACCCUUCAAUAUUUCACCUUUCAACCUUAACCCAUGACUUCUGUUCUAGUCUCACCCACUCUCAGUGGAAAAAACCUGUUUUCAUUUACUGUAUCUAUACCCCACAUAAUUUUGUGCACCUCUAUCAAAUCUCCCCUCAUUCUCCUAAACUCCAGGGGAUAAAGUCCUAAUCUAUUCAACCUUUCCCUAUAACUCAGGAAAUUUAACUAGUUUAAAACCACUUGCAAUUUUCCUGCUUCUCAGCUCUUGUCAGCAGUUCAGUCAACCCUGAAUACUUCUGACUUAAGAGUGAAGCGAUGAAACUGCAGCUAUCAUUCUUCAUGAGGUAGUCUGAUCGCAGUGGAAAAGCAGGCAUUGUGUCCACUGUUGAGGAUUUGAUGAUGGUUACUCUAUGGUACCCAGUCCAUCUUUCUUGCUCCCUGUCCCUAGAAUCAUCAUUAUAAUGGCUGCCUCUCGCCACCGUGCUCUCUGGUCUUCCCCCAGUGUUUCUGUUACAGGGUACCUACACUUGCAGAUCUAAACCUCCCAGAGAGGAAAUGGUGUCAUAGACACACAGUGCUUUCAAGUUCAAGUUCACAUUUGUUGUCAACUGACGGUAAUCCCCAGAAUUCAGAAAGAUGGUGGAGGUGGGUGGGGGGUCUCAUUGCAACCUAUUGAAUAUUGAAAGGCCUUAAUAGAGUGGGUGUGGAGAGGAUGUUUCCUAUGGUGGGAGUCUAGGACUAGAGCACACAGCCUCAAGAUGGAGGUUUGUCCAUUUACAACAGAGAUGGGGAGGAAUUUCUUUCACCAGAGGGUGGUGAAUCUGAAAUUCAUUGCCACAGGCAGAUGUGGAGCCAAGACAUUGGGUGUAUUUCGGAGAGAGCUUGAUAGAUUCUUGAUUGGUCAGGGCAUAAAGGGAUAUGGGGAAAAGGCAGGAGAUUGGGACUGAGAGGGAAAAGGAUCAGCCAUGAUGGAAUGGUGGAGCAGACUCGAUGGGCCAAAUGGCCGAUUCUGCUCCCAUGUCUUAUGGUUUAAUAUACAACCAAAUGAAAACAACGUUCCUCGGUGCCAUGGUGCACCCACCAAACAUAUCACACACAGCACAUAAAAUAAAUUCUACCACAAAUAAGUUAAUAAAAUAUAAUUCAAAGUGAAUAAACAGCUAGUGAUGAGACCUGGUGGUGAUAGGGUAUUCAUUAGUCUCACAGUCUGAGGGUAGAAGCUGUUACCCAGUCUGGCAGUCCUAGUCCUGAUGCUCCUGUACCUCCUUUCUGAUAGUAGUAGGUCAACGAGAUUAUGGGAUGGGUGGCAGCAAUCCUCAACAAUGCUUCAGACCCUUUGUCUACAACACUCCCCGUAAAUGUCCAAAUGGGGGGGGGGGAGGGAGACCCCGGUGAUUUUCUGGGCAGUUUCCUCUAUGUUUCAACACAAGCUGCUGAUGUACGUAGGAUUGCCAGGAUGGUUGGUACACACAACCAGCGGUAGUGAUAGUUGCCCCCGUGUGUUUGGGACUGAACUGGUUACUCCCUCCACCCUUCCCACCUUUGGGUGUAGGCCAAGGUUUUUGGAGGAGGGCCUGAUGUUUCCAGAAGGUGCCCUGGGAGAGGAAGAACUGAAAAGUGUCCAUUAAUUCCAUUGAUAUCUGCACCUUUGACCAACAAAACCCCAAGUCACAAUGUUUGUUAAUUCCAGGAUCUGUCACACAAUGAGAACAAAAACAUUGGUUUCUGAAAUGGGUAGAGACACUGUUAAAAGUAACACAGUUUUGGAUGUAAAGACUUAUCUGGACACACAAGGUACUUUGAAAUGACUUCCUUCUUCAGUGACAUCACAUAUUUGAUUAUUUAAUUAGAUUCAAAUGCCUUAGUUUCAAUCUUUUGCAGACUGUUAACAUUUAUAAUUACGUGGUGUUCAGAUAUGAAAACACACAGGUCAGCCGCAUCUGUGUCGAAGCUGUAGAAUGGUCUGUUCCAUAAACAAUGUCUAUGUUUUCCAGUGGAGGAAGAUACAACAAUUCCAGCACUUGCUUUUAAUGGACAAUAGUUUGUGGAAACUAGUUGCUUGUUACAAGGCAACUUUAUAAAAAAAUAAUUUAAAAAUGUGUAAAUACUUGUAUUUAGAAGAGAGUGUGUUUAAAGAUGUUUAUUGACCGAGUUCCCUAAAUGUUAAGUGUUUGUAUUUAUGUAUAAAGAGUCUAGAAGCUGCAAACUUUGUCAACACUAGGGGAACUUCGCAGAGUUUCAGUAAGGAGCGGGCUUGCUGUGGGAGACACAGCUUACAAGAGUAAUUAGGAGGGGCAAUGUGCAUAACACAACUAAUUAGUAGAAAUGUGCAAGCCAUUUCACAUCCAUUCCUGCAAUGUUUCAAUGAGGAAACCCCCUGAAAGGUGAGCAACACUGACCCUUUUGAUAGGUUGACAGCUUCAUGAUUAGUCAGGGCCUCAAAGGUUAUGGGGAUAAGACAGGAGAAUGGGGUUGAGAGGGAUAAUAAAGGUGUAAUGGCCCAGCCUAGUUCUGCUCAUAUGUUGUAGUGGAUGAAGUCAUUGUUAUCUAAACAGAUGCUCUGUACAUCAGUUAGAACAAAGUUGUAGAGAGGGGAGUUGAGCAACAUGGUGAUGCAACAACAACUCAAGCAAGUCUGCUGCCUAAUCUUUCAAACUUUGACCUCUAAAAAUAUUAAAGCGGGUAAAUAAAUGUGUCUUUUACAUAAGGACAUCGCUAAUCCAACACACAUUUCAAACCCAAGGGAACCUCUGUGUUUGAGUUUAAGUAUACUACUUUGCAGAACUGGAGAGUCUCUGAGGCACUGUUAAUUCAUAAAUAUUAACACAUAAAUCAAACCUCAAGAUCAAGUUUAAUUGUCACUCAACCAUACAUGAAUACAGCCAAACAAAACAGUGUUGCUCCAGGUUUGAGGUGCAAAACACAGCACAAGACAGUCACACACAGCACAAGGCACAUAUAAAAUAGCAAGCACAGAUAAGAUAUUGGUAAAAUAUAAAUAAAACAUCACCACUCAAUAUUAACAUCAACCCAGGUGACGAUACUGUGUGUUCCAGUUUUAUUCUCAGGCAUCAGAAGACACAUUUCUACUCUGCUUGUCAAGUUGUUAAAGGUUGUUCUUUAAAUACUGGUGGUUAUAUAAUUUUCUGGAGAUGAUUAGUACCAUGCACUGAGUUAGAUGCUGAGCAGUGGUAUGAUUCCCUUCACAGUUGAGGAGAGAAGCACAGGAGAGAGACGGAUGUGCAAUGUCAGAUAAUUUUCCCUGCACUGUAACAGUCGCAAUACUAAAAUGGUCUUGUGGACACUUGAAUAUUGACAGUAGUUAAGAAAUCCCAACCUUGUAUUCUCGUAUCCUGAUUUGGGUUUACAACAUACUGAAACGUGAGCAGUGAAUUAAAAAAACAAGUUUAAAUAAUACCUCGAAUGUCGUGGCAUGUUUUAUCAGUGGCUUCCAAGCCGUACUAAACAUUUCAAAACGGCACCAUAGAGAAACGGUUCACGAAGCAUCGAAGCCCUGGAACUGAUGGCAAGGAAACACCUUUUGUGGUAAUGAUAUUUAAUUAUUUUCCCUGAACAUUGAGCAGAGAAACUACACAGUAGAAGUUUGAAUAUGUUCAUUGAUCAGGUGGAGAAUAUGAGCUUUGGAUCUAUUGGAACAGAAUCAGAAUGAGCUUUAUUAUCACUGGCAUCAUUCAGGACCUCCCCAGCUAUACCACCAUCAGAGAGAGUGGAUACAGGAGCCCAAGGACACAGUCAAAGCUUCCCAUCCCUCUCCCUCCGAUUUCUGAACAGACCAUAAACACUAACUCACUGUUUUGCUCACUUAUUGAACUGUACUGCAGCCAGACAGUAACAAAUUUCACAACAUAUGUCAGUGAUGAUAAACCUGAUUCUGAUUCAUAUAUAAUGAAAUAUGUUCUUAUACAGUGACAUGCAAAAGAUUGGGCGCCCCAGUCAAAAUUUCUGUUACUGUGAAUAGCUAAGUGAGUAAAAGAUGAACUGAUUUCCAAAAGGCAUGAAGUUAAAGAUGACACAUUUCUUUAAUAUUUUAAGCAAGAAAACUUUGUUAUUCCCAUCUUUUACAGUUUCAAAAUAACAAAAAAGGAAAAGGGCCCGAAGCUAAAGUUCGGGCACAAAAUAAUCUGCAGAUGCUGGGGUCAAAGCAACACUCACAACACGCUGGAGGAACUCAGCAGGUCGGGCAGCAUCCGUGGAAAAGUUCAGUCGACAUUUUGGGCCGGAACCCUUCGUCAGGACUGUAGAGGGAAGGGGCAUAAAUAUGUACUGUAAAGCGAGAGCAAGAUAGUGAAGCAAACACAAGGAAUUCUGCAGAUGCUGGAAUUUCAAGCAACACACAUCAAAGUUGCUAGUGAACGCAGCAGGCCAGGCAGCAUCUCUAGGAAGAGGUAAAGUCGACGUUUCGGGCCAAGUCUCUUCGUCCUGAAGUAUAUUAAAAAGAUACUUAAAGAUAGGCAAGAUCAUAAGAUUGGAGAAGUAAGCCAUAUACUGUACUGUACAUAAGAGAGAAUUUAAGUGUGAGGCUGCUAUGACAGGAGAUGAAUCAAGAUUUAGUGAAGAUAUCUGGGUAAGAAUUGAAAGCUAUAAGGGUAAAGGAAUAACAUUGGAUGUAGGUUAUAGACCCCUAAUGUUGAUAGUGAUUUUAAUAAACAACUAUCAGAAUGUUAAAAAAGCAAGUUCUCGGUGAUGAUAUGGUUAUGGGUGUCUAUAAUUCCCUGAGUAUUGAGUCGGAGAACCCAGUGACUAAAGGAUUACAGGAAAAUGUAUUCAUUGAGUUAUUGAAUGAUUUUUUUUGACACAUUAUGUUAAUGCACCAACAAGAGGAGAGGCCUGUCUAGACUUGAUAUUCUGUAAUAAUUAGGAUAGAAUUUUGAGUACGGGAGUCGUUGAGCCUUUAGGAACAAGUGAUCAUAGCAUUAUUAGUCUUGUUUUUGUAGACUAUAUCAGUAAAAACCAAAGACAUUAAAUAUAAUUUCAGAAAGGCAAAGUUUGUGCAGAUGGUGUAAAGACUUCAGAAGGUAGUCUGGAAGGAACUGCUUGAUGUCGAGUCAGUUGAGGAAC